AUGAGUGUCCGAGUUGUCGCGCGUAUCCGUCCUCUUCUCAAGUCCGAACGGGAGGCCGAUGUGAUCGUUCGUACAGGAUCUUCCGCUACCGCCGCGUCCAAAUCUCGCCAGUCAAUAAGCAACAAGAGUGACAAGAGCGACAAGAGUGACAAGAAAUUGGCGGCAUUGAGGGACAGGGAUAAUGUGGUUCGGAUUCCGAACCCCAAGAAUGAGGGGGAGGAGUAUGCUUUCCAGUUCAAUGGCGUGUACGACGCGGAGGUGUCGCAGCAGGAGCUGUUUGAUGCUGAAGUUGCGCCAACAAUUAAGCAUCUUCUCAACGGAUUCGACGUGACCCUCUUCGCAUACGGUGUCACCGGAACAGGCAAAACACACACAAUGCGUGGUGGGAAAACCCUGGCAGACCGAGGUGUAAUCCCGCGUCUACUCAGCGGCAUUUACAGACGCAGUCGCAAGAUUGAAAAAGAUAGCAAUGGGGAGACGACAGUCCAGGUUGCCCUGAGUUAUUACGAAAUCUACAACGACAAGGUGUUUGACUUGUUCGAGCCGCCCGAGAAGCGCACAAUGUCAGGUCUUCCUCUCCGGGACAACGGCGGCAAAACCGUGGUUUGCGGGCUGAGCGAGAAGCCGUGUACCACUUUGAAGGAGUUUGAGCAGCUUUAUGACCAGGCCAACACUAACCGAUCCACCUCCGCGACAAAGCUCAACGCCCAUUCCUCCCGAUCGCACGCCAUUCUUGGUGUGAAGGUUACCGUCACCUCUCCUGACAAAGUCCGCGUCAGCACUGCUUCCGCUAUUGAUCUUGCAGGAUCCGAAGACAAUCGACGGACAGAGAAUGAUAAGGAGCGCAUGGUCGAAUCGGCUAGCAUCAACAAGAGUCUUUUCGUCCUGGCGCAGUGCGUCGAGGCUAUCAACAAGAAGCAGCAUCGCAUCCCAUACCGCGAGUCCAAGAUGACAAGAAUUUUGUCAUUGGGACAGAACAAUGGCCUGACAGUGAUGAUUCUCAAUCUUGCGCCUGUCCGAUCUUACCAACUUGAUACAAUUAGCUCUCUGAACGUCGCCAACCGCACUCGGAAGAUCGAGGUUCGAGAAGUAGAAAACGAUCCCAUGUUCAAGGGACCGCCCCGGCCAUUGAACCGGCCAUCUAUGGGCACGCGGCAACCUUUGCGCGCACUGACAGCUUCUGUGAACGUCAAUAUGCCGGCGCCCGCCCCGAAGGACUCCGCGGAAAAGGAAGACGGGAAACCCGUCAAGGCAUUCAGCGUAUAUUCGGACAAGCCGCAAACCAAGCUUGUUAGCCAGCUUCGGAAACCGGAAGCACCGAAGCGCACUUCGAUCUCCAACGCUCCCUCCGGUCUUCCGUCAUUGAAGUCCGCUCGUCAGCCCCUGGGUGCGCAAUCCACGGCGCGCCAUGAAGACUUCUCAGCUGCUAAGAUCGAAGAGAUGGUUGAGAAGAAGGUUGAGGAGAUUCUAGCUGUGCGGGCUGUGAGCGAAAAAUCGAGGCAGACGCAAGUCCAUGAGCUUAACGAACAGCUGCAGAAGCGAUUGGAACAGUUGGAGCAGCGGAUUGAUGGCACAGAAGAUGCGCGGGCCGAGGGUCUGUCAUACCUGCUGAUGGCUAAACAACAUCAGGCACGCGGUGAAGACAGCUCAGCCCUGAGGAUGUACCAGCUGGCAGCUCCCCAUUUUCCGCAUAAUGAGAAGCUGGCAGGAAAGAUUGCUGCUCUGAAGGAGCGCGUUCACGCAAAAGCUUGGGAAGAGAAACCCCACUCCCCGCCCAAGGGGAGGUUGGGUAGCAUGCUCUCCCUCAAGAAGGACGUAACACAAACCCUAGGCAAACGCCAAGCAGACGAAGACUAUAUGGACCAGACUUAUGCCAGCUUUUCAAGCGACGAGGAUGUUCCUCGUCCAAAGCACAAGAAGCGUGCUGCAGCUAAGCUCGGUCAGAUCGAGGAAGCCCCCGAACUGCUUGAUAGUGAAGACCCAUCCAUCUCUCCGCGGACGAUGCAUAUUCUCUCCAUCAUUAACUCGCGGGAUGUGAGCCAAAUCAAACUGCUUAAGGGAAUGGGUGCCAAGAAGGCAGAGGCACUUGUUGAUUGCCUCUGCGAGAUGGACCAGACAUCAUUGGAUACAACCGACAGUGGAAUCGUCUCAGACCAUCAAUUCCAGGUCAACAGCCUGGCACAACUGAGCCAGUUGAAAGGUGUUGGGGUCAAGACGGUCGAGAACAUGAGACAAGGAGUAUUGGCUUAA